AUGGAACAAAUAUCCGUGCAGGAUCGUGCUGUAUACGAGCGGUUGUGCAAAGGCUAUUUGAAUUUAAAACUGCUGAUUCAAAAUGCUUGCCAUAGCUCGGAGUGUUUGGAACGUUGCAAACAAGCAGUACAGAAAGACGUUCAUUCCAGAAGGAAACUGAGUCGAGUCACCGAUUUCGAACAGCUUGUGUUAAUGCUGGAACAGAGAAAUCUGCUUAGUCUUUUAAAACCAGAGCUAAUAGAGUGUUUUCAGUCAGUGUUAGGUUCGCAAGAUGUUAAAGCUGACCUUAUUGCCUAUCGGAAUACUCUUAAAACUAGCUACGCAACCGUAAGGCGAUUUCAUCUUGAAGAUUUACGGCAUCGAGAUCGUCGAACUCUUCUAGAAAAAGAGGUUGAAAAGAUAAAACUUCUCGAAGUUGAAGAAUCAAUAGAAGCACCUACGAAACCGUUAAACGGCAUUUUUCUUCAACAUCGUGAUGGCAUCUACUCCCUCAUUCAGCGAGAGAUUGGCAAGAAAUGGAAAAUAUUUGGGAGAUUCUUGAACCUAUCAGCGACUAUGUUGGACGAAAUUGAAGAACGGAAUCGCACUGAUUUAAAUGCACGUAUUUACGAAGUUCUGAGGAUCGCCGAGCAAACUUUUACGGAUGAAACACUGGACCAGUUCAUUCCUCUCCUAAAAAGUGCCUUAGAAAGUAGUAGAAGGAAAGAUCUGAAACGUAAAAUUGAAGGCAUGUUAGAGAAAUAACGUGCUUUAAUUCGACAAAAAGUUAAAUUUUAUACAAUUUUUUUUUCAAACUAUUCAAAUUGAAUUUUUCACAAUUUAAUUACAGGGAUACAAAAUAAAUCAGACUG